CCCCUCUAAGAGCGCACAACACCCACACACACCACCACCACCACGCUUCCGUCUCGCACUCUGGUCACUCGCAGCUGUCCCCGCUCCACACUCUACACCACACACCCAGUACGUACACACUCAGUACGUACACACACACAGUGUACACACACACACGCAGCACACACUCAGUGUACACACACACAGUACGUACACACACGCAGCAGACACUCAGUAAGCACAUACACAGUGUACACACACACACGCAGCACACACACACUCAGUAGGUACACACACAGUGCACACACACACACACGCGCAGCACACACACACUCAGUAGGGACACACACAGUGCACACACACACGCAGAACACACUCAGUAGGUACAUACACAGUGUACACACACGCAGCACACACACACUCAGUAGGUACACACAAAGUGCACACACACACACACGCGCAGCACACACACACAGUAGGUACACACACAGUGCACACACACACGCAGCACACACUCAGUAGGUACAUACACAGUGUACACACACGCAGCACACACUCAGUAGGUACAUACACAGUGUACACACACGCAGCACACACACACUCAGUAGGUACACACACAGUGUAAACACACACACGCAGCACACACACACACUCAGUAGGUACACAUCACACACACGCGCAGCACACACACACACAGCGAUGGCAGGGGGCUACGUGUGCUCGCUGUCGCCCGAGCUGGUGGAGAGGGCUCGCGUGGAGUUGGGAGAGAACCCCGAGACGAGGGCCCACGAGGUGCAGAAGCUGCGGGAGGCGCUCGCUCUCCGCCCCGACAUCCCGGCCCGGAUGGACGACGGCUUCCUGCUGCGGUUCCUGCGAGCCAGGAAGUUUGACCACGAGAAGACCUUCAAGCUCGUGGAGAGCUACUACAAGUGCCACGAGACCUGGCCAGACAUCUUCCAGAACUUCCGUCCGUCCGCAGUGAAAGAGUUGCUGGGCAGCGGCUUCAUCCGCGUGUUGCCAGAGCGGGACUCCAAGGGCAGACGCGUCAUCAUCCAGAGUCCCGGAAAGUGGAAUCCUUCGGUGACUCCCAUGAUGGACAAUAUCCGAGCGAUGUACAUGACCAUGGAGCUGCUGAUCCAGUCCGAGGAGACGCAGGUGAACGGGAUCACGGUCCUAGCAGACCACAAGGGCGUGCGCCUCGCCCACGUCUCCAACGUCACCCCUUCUCUCAUGAAAAAAAUAACCACAGUGAUGCAGGAUGCAUUUCCAAUACGAAUAAAGGGACACAAUACGAUUAAUGAGCCAUCGAUAUUCAAAGCCAUGUUCGCCUUGAUGAAGCCCUUUCUGAAGGAGAAGAUGCGAAAGCGGAUGAUGUUCCACGGCACGAACUUCCUGUCGCUGCACAAACAAAUCUCUCCCGACAUCCUGCCAGCGGAGUACGGGGGCACGGCGCCCGGGAUCUCCGCCGACGCCUGGGCACAGGAGUUGCUCGCCGCCGAGCCUUACUUCCUCGAGGCGUUUGGAGGCAUCGUCUUCAAGAAGGAUUUGCCCGCGGAGGUCGUCACGGACGAGGAUAAGAAGCUGCAGGAAGAUUUCAGGCGGGUCAUUGAGGAGGUGGAGCCCGACGAGGAGUGGACCAAGCUAUAGGUCGCCUGCACUCAGGUCCGGCCUGAGGGCCUGCACCUCGAGCCAAUCAGAAAGAAGUAGAGCUGAGCUACACGAUUGUUGAAGCCAUUAAUUAUUGAAUCUAAUGGUUCAAUUAAUUACUGUUGAGAAAAUAUUCGGGGGGCGGGGGGGAGUGUCAUCUGUGUUCUCACAUUGUGCCGCUGGACUGGAGGUGAUGGGUGGGAGUCACCAGGAUCAUCAUCAGCCGCAUAAUGAUGGGCGUGGCUUGUAGGGAGUUUCCUGUCUUCAUUUUAAAGGUGGCAAUUAAUAAACUACUAAAAGUCGAUAACAAGUUCUAGUCGAUCGAUCGUCAGUGUUUCUAUGUUAAAAAGACUUCGCCCACGUGAGGCCAAGAGAGAGCAUUAGAUAAUAUAGGAGACACAUCACUGUUGUUGAUGCCAUGAGGGACUGGAUGGCUUUUCUUACAUCUGCCCUCUGCUGGCGACAGUUGGUGGUGUCACUUGUAGAGACGCACGGUCCUGUGAACUGCGUACGCAAUUGCUGCACGAUGUCACCUGUUGAAGUUUAUCGAAGAGUCAUCGUUAUUUGGGGUUUCUUGUCAAGUCGUGAAGGGCAGAGGCUUACUUUAUAGGCACACGUCUUGUGCACCAUGAUGAAGAAAUACGAUAUUUGUAAUUGUUUUUAUCAUUUAUAUACAGCGGAGUUAUAUUCACAAUAAAGUGUAUUUCAGCAAUCCAUAAAACUUUAUGUUUUAACAUUUUGCAAACCCACACAAUGUUGGAAAGUACAAUUUUGUUCCAAUGCUCCACGAUUACCUCAAAAUGACACAAGGCCUGUUUAAUGUCACCAACUCAAAAAUGUUGUCACCAGAGUUUCGCGACUUGUCCCCACAUUUAGCCAGUGACAAAUCCAGGUAUCAUUUGCGACAAGGAUAUGAUGCAGAAUUAUUAGCAAUUCCAGGUGUGUAUUCAGGAUCAAGUUUUAUUCUGUGUCAAAAACGUCAGAGUGUAUUUUGCUCAAUGAGCAUCGAGCUGAUGCUGAUGUUCCGUUUGCAGCCCUGUAGAGCAUAUGGUGUAAAUCCCACAUUCCUAUGACAGGGGCGAGUCUCUCCAUAGGAAAACCACUCUUGGCUCGUCUACAAUGUGGUACCUAUUUUGUCUGCCCCAGGGGGAGAGAUGAUAGGCAGAGUCAACCACCACCCAAGAUUUGAAUUUGCAACUUUCUGAUGGCGAGCCGCUCGCUUUACCCCUGAGUCACCUGGCCAGGUGUUCUGCAGCGUGCUUAACCCUGCGUCAUUGUCUCAGCACACAUCUUAUGACUUUGUCAACCUCGUGACAUUUUGGUUUUAUGAGUUUGAAACGUUGGUCCUGUUGCAAUAAAACAUCUCUCCUGCAUAUUAAUGUCUCACUCUGAAGGGUUGUCUAUUUUCUCACCAGGCACCUUACUGUGUUGUGUAGUUAAAAUACAAUAGUACGCAUGAUGGUCGGUAACAAUUAAUGAUUUAAA